AGGUGUUGAAUAAGGUUAUACGAUUACACCUUCCACAGAAAAUAUAAUGGAAAAGAGGGGAUUAUUACAACAACUAUAAAAGGAGGCAAUAAAUGUAACGGCGUACUCAGUCCACCAAAUACCAUCCACUGAAUCGAGGAUUUGAAGAGAUCGUAAUUAGAGAUUUCAAAAUCAGUUUUGAACUAAUUUUUGCGUUAUCCAUAAAACAUGAUGAAUACCAAUAAUAUUCAGCACGAUAUAAAAUCUAGUUCGAAAAACUUGGACGAAUAUGGACUUGUAAUGAUAUUUAAAGACGUAUUCGGAGUAAAUUCUCAAAAUAAAUUUCCAAAUAAUUUCGAUGCCUGGACCGUAAAAAAGCAAUGCGACUGGAUAAAAAGAAACAUAGCAGAAUUUUUUCCAAACAUGCCGCAGUCUUUACACAGCGUUAUUCCAGCGUUCUUUUGCCAAUUAAAUGAUGACCGAACCUUGGAAAAGUUACCUGAAUGGAUGGAUAUGGAUAAAUAUCGCAGGGGACAAAAAUUUGUCCAGAAAAAUUACACCGCGAUAAUCUUAUCCAAAAUAAUGGGCCUGAUGUAUAUUUAUACAUUUCAAGGAGAACUAGGGCCAAUUAUUUUGGGAGAACAUAGCCAUACGCCGUAUUUAGGAUUCGGAAAGUACAUAGCGUCUGUAAAAUCGAUGUUCAGCUGGUAUGAUGGAGAACCGUGGAUUAAAGGAACAGAAGCAUAUAAAAAUAUGCAAGUAGUACGUGGUAAGCAUGUGGCGAUAAGGAGAAAGGUGCGUCAGAUGGAUAAUGAGCAAAUUGCUGCUGCGUGCACAUUCGCCAAUCCAUGGUGUCUAGAUCGUGAAUUGCUUCUGAAGGAUUUCGCUGCAAUUUCUUCACCUGAGAAAUUUGGACAGCGUCAUACAAUCCUCAACAAAUCACCAUACAAACCGAAAGGUAUAAAUAACGCCGACUUCUCAUUUGCUCAGUGCUGUUUCGUAGUUGCACCUUUGCUCUAUCCACAAAAUAUUGGAAUACACGACCCGACCGACGAAGACUUGGAGGCUUUCUGCUAUAUGUGGAAAUGUUAUGGAUAUUUUCUUGGAAUGGAAGAUGAGUACAACUUUUGCCGUGGCAGCCUCGAGAAAAUAAAACAACGAGUGAAUGACCUUUUCCAAUAUUGGGUCAUUCCAAAUUUUAAGGAAUUGUCACCAGAAUGGGAGCACAUAAUCAGAUGUCUUGUUGAGCACAUAAAUUACUGGCCUAUAAUAUUUUAUAUGCCUUUUAAAGUGAUGACAUUAAUCGCCACAGACACGUUAAAUCUAAAUAUGCCUAAUUUAUACGCUUCACUUAAUUACACAGAGUGGAUCCUUUAUAAGAUCUACAAGUAAGUAAUACAUUUAUCAAAUUAAUUAAC